AUGAUGUUGGCAAGGGGCUWUGAUUCUCGAUGGGUGGAUUUAGUUAUGGAGUGCAUUACGUCCUACUCCUUUUUGGUACUUAUAAACGACAAGGCUAAAGGCAACAUAAUUCCACAAAGAGGGUUAAGGCAAGGGGGCCMUUUAUCCCUCUACCUUAUCCUUAUUUGUGCAGAGGGACUUUCUCCGACUAUCCAAAUAGCACAUGAAUCAAGCAGGAUUCAGGCUACGAUUCCUGAGCUCUAUGCUUUAAAGAUAAUCCUACUUGAUUAUGAAAAGGCAUCUGGACAGAAGGUUAACUUCGAUAAAUCAGCCUUGUGGUUUUCUACAAAUGUUGGGGAUUAUUUCAAAAAUUAUAUGACAUCUAUUUCGGGAAUGAAGCUGGUCCCUCAUUUAAGGGAUUAUCUGGGCCUCCCAUCGAGCCUUUCGCAUAGUGAAAGCAGUGAUUUUAUGAAGAUCAAAGAUGGAGUUUAG